GCCAGAGUUUGAUUCGCGAAGUUCGCAAGCUGUGCAUAUUGAUCAGUGAAGCCAGUCCGACACGUAGGAUGAUCCUCCUGUCUGUACCAUUAAGCGCUGCGGGUAUAAAUACAGCAAUGCUUUGAGACAUGGUACUCUAUCUAUCACUAUCAGUUCAGUCUUAAACUCGUACUCUACAGUCAUGUCUUCAGAUAACGCACCUAAGGUCCUCGUCGUUGGCGCAGGCCCUGCUGGACUUAUCCUAGCACUAAGUCUCCUCAAGAACGGCAUACCCGUACGCAUCAUCGAGAAAAACACUCAGCACCACGUUAGCGAGCGCGGCUCUGGUAUCUCAUGUCGCACGUUGGAAGUCGAGUUGUUCCUCGGUGUCGGGAACGACGUCCUAAACACAGGAUUCGAUGCUCCAAUUAUGCAGAUUCAUGACCCGAAAGACCCGUAUAGGAUCGUCAAGACGUUCCCGAUGUUGGAGAAGAUAGACCCUACGCCUGCGUUCCCAGUCACGCGGGCUGUCAUGCUAGGCCAAUGCAUCCACCAACAAAUCAUCCGAAAGCACCUCGAAGCACUCGGGUGCCAAGUCGAACUCGGCACCACUCUUUCUGGACUUGAGCAGAGCGAGGACGGCGUGACUGUACGCUUGACGAAAACAACGACGAAUGGCGAACAAGUGGAAGAGACUGCGAAGUUCGCGUACGUUGUAGGAGCAGAUGGGGCGCGCAGUGCUGUUCGUAAACAGAUGGGUGCAGAUUUCGUUGGCGAGUCUAGAGAUUUUAGGGUAUAUCUCAUCGAUGCUCGUAUCGAAGGUGUUCAAGACGACAAGCUCGAUUUCCAUAGAUGGGGAGACGGAGUCAAGAACGUAGUAUCCCUGAGACAUUCCGUCCGAGAAGGGAUAUUCCAACUACUCCUCGCGGGUGAGAAUAUUGACUUUGACACUGUGACGAAGGGUACUCCGGAAGCCAUUCAGGCGGAGUUUCAUAAGCUUUCUGGGAGGACAGACUUUAAGGUUACAGAGGUCAUUUCUCAUGGUGAAUGGCGUCCUAAUAUGCGUAUUGCGGAUCGUUUCCGUGACGGACGGGUGUUCAUCGUCGGAGAUGCCGCACAUGUGCAUCCACCUACAGGAGGUCAGGGCCUCAACACUAGUGUUCAAGAUUCUUUCAACCUCGCAUGGAAACUGGCACUCGUCAUCAAGAACCAAUCCCCUCCGUCCCUACUCGACUCAUACGAACACGAACGUAUGCCAGUCAUAGUUGAGAUGCUUCAACUCACGACAGAUAUCUUCAACAAGAUGUCUUCUCGCGUUGAGACUCUCAAAGCUCUCAAAGAUGCUAAAGACGCUAAAGACUCUUCCACCUUGUCAACGAAUCAGGAGAGUACGAUGAAGCGAGGGUGGACGUUCACGCAGCUCGGUAUAAAUUAUCGAUGGAGUGAAGUUGUGUUUGAUGAGCGGUUCGCGAAAGUGGAGGGGAAGGAGAAGGAGAAGAAGGAAGCGUAUGGGAAGAGGGGGUAUGAUGUGAGAGCUGGGGAUCGGGCGCCUGAUGCUCCUGGUUUGGACACUUUGCUUAAUGCGAAAGAAGGAGAGAAGGUUACGCGGUUGUUUGAGGUGUUCAACCCUUCGACGCAUACGGCGUUGAUCUUUACUUCGAACCCUUCGGACGCUACGACUCGUGAAGUACUCGAUUCGAUGACAAAGCUGCAUAGUGGGCUCGUCCGUACCUCUCUUAUCCUCCCUAAAGAUAGCUCGUACACAGCUAAGGAUAUAUCCUCCCCCGGUAUCGACUUUGUGUUUAAGGACACGGAGGGACAUGCGUACACGGGAUACGGUAUAAACGGGAACGGUGAGCUGGAGAAGGCUACAACGGUUGUGAUUGUUCGGCCGGAUGCGGUCGUUGGCGCGUUUGCGAUGAGCAAGGCGGGUGUGGAUAGGUAUUUGUCGACUGUUUUCAGCUCUGGUUAGAAGGGAAAGGGGGCUUGGACUUUUAUGAGGUAUUAGUAGAACUAUGUAGGUAGAAUAGCAGGUAGGUAGUUAGGUAGGUAGGUAUAAACUCAUGUAACGUUU